AUGGGGUGUAUUAGCUCUAGAGUCAGACAUCUUGGCCAGCUUAAUUGCAAAACUCGUAUGCCGAGACAGUUACUACACUUGUUUCAAUGUUUCAAAAAUGAUCAACAAGCACUUGACAAAGCGCAAAACUCUGUAAGUGGCAUGAACUUCAGGUCUAAGCUUCAGGCUGAACACUUGGAGAUCUUACAAUCACCAUGGUUAAUUGAACUGGUGGCUUUAUAUAUGAAUUUCAGUGAAUCAAAUGAAAUGAUCUGCUAUGAGCUUUGUAGUUAUUUCUCUUGUGAUCUCAACGUUAUAAUUUCAAAACUUGUACUGAAAUUGGUGCUUCCAGGUUAUGUAGUUCUGGAAUACAGUCUAACUUGUGCUCUUUGCUUGGUAUGA